AUGAAACGCUGCCUCGAGCUGGUCCUCCUGGUGCUGCUCAUUCUGCCAGUAAUCGCUUCUCUCGCCGAUGCAGCGGACACGAAUGCGACCUCAAGCCGACCUAGAGCCGCUGGUCCUGACGACACUCCCCCCGGCACCACCACUCCCCCCGGCACCACCACUCCCCCCACCACCACUCCUCCCAGCACCACCACUCCUCCCAGCACCACCACUCCUCCCGGCACCACCACUGAUGAAGAUGAUACCACUGAUGGCGGAAGUUUCACCAUAAACAGCAGCAACAACAGCAGCAGCCCAGGUGGCAACAGUGGCAGCAGCAGCAGCAGCAGCAGCAGUGGCAGCAGGGCAAGGGCAAGCCCGGUGCCACCGCCCCCACCAGCGAUUCCGUCCUACGGCUGUAACGUGGACUUCAGUGCCCUCGCCAACGGGAACAUCACCUCUCUCUCGGCCUGCUCUGGCCCGUCUCCAUCCCCAGACGCAUGCUGCGGGCCGCUGUUGGCGUUUCAGAGGAGCUUCGCUGUGAGGGAGCCCAUGUUCUUCCUCGCCAUCACCACACAGCCCGAGCUCAACACCCCUUGCAGGAAGUCCCUCCAGGCGCAUCUGCAGGCGUCCCCUGUGCGCCCGCGCAUCACUGCCAAUGUCUUCUCCCUCUGCAACCCUCCCACCAACGCCUCCUCCUCCUCCUCCUCCUCCUCUUCAGCCUCAUCUCGUCGCAGUCUGCUCCCUCUGGUGGCGGUGGAUCCGCCAAGCAACAAGUGCCCUGUGGUGUGGGUGCAGGACGUGGAUCGACUUCAGAACGUCACUCGCCUGGCCAAGGCAUGCGCCUCUGCAGAUACAGCCUGCCCUAGAUGCGCCUCCACGCUUUCUGCCGCAGCUGCCGCCCUGGCCCGCUACAGCCCGGCUGUAGCGGCUCGCACUGCGGCAAGGGGAAGCGCGGGGAAUGCGAGCAUGGCUGCUGGGGAACCCACCACUGCACCAUCCGAAGCAGUCAUGGAUGAUUGUGCGCGAGUGACAUUCGUGAGGGUGGCUCAGGCUCAGAGCUGGCGAGCGGCACCAGGGCUUGUAACCCUGCAGCUAGACUGCCCCAUUGUCUAG